AAGCCCUUUCUUCCUCCAACCCUCUCUCCCUUUGAUUCCAUUCCUGACAUCUGCAUGAGGUCCACCCAAUUGACCCCCGUCAAGCUCGUGGCAGUCUCUCAUGAGGAGGUCCUUGCCGUCCUGCGGACCCUGCCCCAUCCUGUUUCUGUUCCUGCUCCUGUUCCUGCUCCUGUUCCUGCUCCUGCUCCUGUUCCUGCUCCUGCUCCUGCUCCUGCUGCUGCUACGCCUGCUGCUGCUGCUGGAGAGGCCCAAACCUGGAGGGCUGCUAUCCAUUCACAUAUUACCCCGCCCUCUGCGUCCCCUGUGCCUGCGCCUGCGCCUGUGCGUGUACCUUUGCAAACGGCGGCGACAUUAAUUAGGGAGCCAACAGGACAGAACACCACUCUGGCCCCUGUAUCCUCACCGCCGAGGACCUCGAUAGCGCCUCCACAACACGCCAGCAGCGUCGAAGACAGCAGCAGCAGAAGCUACAGCCACAAUAAUAAUUUCAACAGUAAUGGCAACAACACUAGCAACAGUGGAUAUGAACACGACCAUGGCGAGGGCAUGGCUCGUAACAACAGUUACAACCACGCCCACAACAACAACCGCGGUUACAGUCACCCCUACAACCAAGGCCACCAUAACGAGCAACGCUAUAGCAGCAAUCAGGGCUACAGUGGCUUCACUCAAAACCACAGUCAAGACUACAACAGUAACCAGAGUGGCCACCCAAACCAUCAAGACAUCAAUUGCAACUCCAUUUCCACUUCCGCAGACGGGUCGGAACCUUUAACCUCUCAAUUAUCUCGUCCUCAUUAUGACCUGGGGAGCAAUACGCCGUCAUUAUCACCACCACAGCUGCCAUUCGAAUUUCAUGCACUCCAAGAGCUAUCAACUCAGGAGAAAAUAUCUUCACGUCUAUUGUCGAACCAAGAAGCAAACUCUAUCUCCGUAGAUAUAUGUUCACAGGCAGUGGACGAGAUAAUCUCAACCCCCCAGUGUGAUCUUCAAACAAUGCCCUCAUCGCCAUAUAGCCAGAGUGCGAGUUUCGAUGCGACAAGGAUGGCCAAGUCUCAUUCCGGAAGCGAGAUCCAUUAUUCUUCGCCUCAAGACAUUUGCUCGAGCCUUGCGAAUCCGGCUAUAAUCGAUGGGGUUUAUGAAGAACAGCGUAGCCUAUGGUCGACACCUAUCGUGAGGGAUGGCCCUGACUUGAUUCAUACGCAAUGGACCUCGUUCAAAGGUGUAGAGCAAGGAGUCGUCGGACCUAGCGUGUUUGAUGAACCGCAGGCUAUGCUUGACAUCAACAUUACUUAUCCAGAGUCCAAUGAUAUUAGAAGUCUGCUAAGUCACUUGGAUCCGCAGCUCGCAGCUUUUCCAGCUUCAGUAUGGUGGCCUGUGCUCUCCCGUCUUUUUAAAUCCGCGAUGCUCAUCUCCGAUCAGCACCAUCCAAAACCUAAUCAUGGUCAAGGUGUAUUCAAGAUCGAGGCAGGCGGGAUGCCUUACGGCCUCGAACGCUAUGACAAUGCAUGGCUCCAUAGCGGCUCUUCUCUGAGAUACGACGACUCGAGCGACCUGGGCGACGCGAUGUAUCUAUACCACUCUCAUGAGUACCUAGGACCGGUGACGGAGUCUGAUCCCCUAGUCAACCUCCGCCUCGUUUAUGCAGCACACCAGCUACCGCGGGGUAUGGACUUUGCCAGUUUGGUGGGACCACUUCGCAAUGACCACAAGGUUGAUACAUAUCUGAUCCCCCACGAAUCUGCGCUCAUCUACGACGACCACGAUGUUGUUUUUGGGUUGUCAGGGACAGGGGGACGAGUUUGUCGUGGACUACAAGCAUUUCUGCAGAACUUGAACCCGAGGACGGAGGGCUUCACGCUAUGGCAGCUAUGCCUACUAAUUCCCAGUAAAAUCAUCCAUUACUUGACGGGAUCAGCAGAAUGUGCUCAAACCGACAAGAAAUGCGCGCAAGCCAGCGACGAAAAGCGGGAGAAUAACUCGAUCGCAUCCUCGAUCGCUUGCCUCAAGGAGGCACUGGGACGCAGCUAUGGGCCGAUUCCUGGCGCAGAGCAAGAAAGCGUGUUCACGGUUGAGUCGUGCUCCUUGGGCACAAUCAUGGGCGCGAUUAGAUUCAUAAUCGACAUCUUUUUGUCCCACGACGAGAUUUGCGAAAGCUGUGACGAGUAUUACCAAGGUGGUCAGCCAAGCAUGAUCCCCAAGAGGAUGCAACUAUCUCGGAGGAUUCUUAACAAGACUGUUCGGAUGGAUAGAAGGGUACCAAUAGCUUAUAUCUUGCGACCAGAGAUGCACUCAUGCCUCAAGGACAUGCAAACGAGGCGGUACCAUCUCCAGUUUCUCUUGAACAUCACUCAAGCGCGCGAGUUGGCUGGCGAACGUGCGGCUAUGGUUCGAGGGUUCGGUGUGCCGAAGGAAGUCGUGAUAUGCAUUUCGGACGAACCUGCACCCCCUCAGGAUGGGCUCAUAUCCCGCAAAGACGAGGUUAGGGUGUGCGACGUAGGCGGGAAUGAUCCGUGGCGCAUCGAGGCUGCGGUGGUUGAGAUCGUCAUUUGGAUGGCAACAGUGGGUUUAGGAGACUGGUCCAUCGAGAUUUAUAUUCCCGAACGCACUGCGGCGAGGCUGAGAAGUUCUGGAGAGGCCAGCGAGCGAGACGGGAAAGGCUUCCGAUACAGCAUAAAGACUCCGUCCGCGGGCGAACAGAGCAGCUGCAGCGGAAUGAGGCUGGAGCCUGCUGAAGAGGAAUCGACUCUGCUGAUCCAUAGUCUGAGCGAGAGCAAAGGGAUUCAGAGGGCAGUGAACACUAUAUUAGUUGCUACAUAUGCAGUAAACGACAAUGUACUAUGACUUAUACGCGGCUCACACGCGUCAAGCAAAACUCUAAAGGACGCGUCCUAUUUUGCUGUGCGUCUGUUGAGCCAUCAACCAUUUUUUUUCAAUUCUAUCUUUCGUGGCUUUCAUGUUGCUCCUCUUGUGCCUUCGUAAUCAAGAAGCAGUUUAUUGACAGUAGUACAAACACAG